AUGGGGGAAGAGAGAGAGGACCCACAGAAGCUGAAGAGAAUGGCAGCGGCUGCCUACGACUACGAGAACGACUCAAGAUGGCCCGACUACUGGUCCAACAUCCUCAUCCCUCCUCACAUGGCCUCUCGCAGCGAUGUCGUCGACCAUUUCAAGCGCAAGUUCUACCAGCGCUACAUCGAUCCUGAUCUUAUGGUAGACUCCAUGUCAACUAGCAGUUCUUCUCAGCCAAAGAGACCAUCUGCAUCGUCCCGACCCACAAAUGACCAACCUCAGUCACGUAGUGCUGGAUCAACUGCCAGAACUUCAGGUACAUCAGCAACAAGUCCUCCAACUUCUCUGCGUUGGGAUCGACAAACCAUUCAGUUUUCUGUAAACGCUUGGGUGUUUCUAGUGGCUGUGCUUGCAAUUUUUCCAUUGGUGCCUAAACACCUUUCAAAUAGGGCAUAUCGGCUUUCCUUUAUGGGCACGGCAUGUUCCUCUCUGUAUUCCUUGUACUCGCAACAUGGGAAACCGAGGGCUUGGAACUUGCAGGCUUUGCAAGUUUACUUUCAGUCAAUAAUCACAACUAAGGAUUUUAUCUACUUGAUUUACUGCCUUACCUUUGUGACAUCACAUCUUUGCCUCAAAUUUGCACUGAUUCCCAUUCUCUGUCGGGCUCUUGAACAUGUUGCCAAGUUCCUUAGGCGCAAUUUUAGUCAAUCCUCGUUGUACAGGAAGUACUUGGAAGAGCUUUGUGUUUGGGUGGAGUCAAAUACGACUACCCUCAACAUACUAUCUUCACAUGCUGAGAUUGGACUUGGCUUCCUUCUGAUUAUAUCAUUGUUUUCGUGGCAGCGCAACAUUAUACAGGCAUUCAUGUACUGGCAGCUGUUGAAGCUCAUGUAUCAUGCCCCGGUGACUUCUGACUACCAUCUGAGUGUGUGGACAAAAAUUGGAAGGACAGUUCAUCCCCUCAUCCACCGCUAUGCCCCAUUCUUGGAAACUCCUCUUUCUGCUGUCCAUAGAUGGUGGUUAAGGUUCUCCAAAUUUGCUCCUCAUGGUUCCAAAAUGGCAAUUGGACAGUAUUUUUUGCCGAGUGAACGUUCUUAUGCUGCCCUAAUCAUACUUGAGAAGUGUUCACCAUCUAUGGCGUCGGAAACUGAUUGUCUUCUUCGACACGCUUCGUCCUCCGCAGUAGAGGACGUGGCACAAGAUAUGGACGCGAAGCCCUUACUUUCUAGGUUUUUGAGCUAUCCUAUUGCCAAUAACAAUACGAAUCCCCAGAGGCGUCGCAGGCUCUCUGCGCAGCUCGCCUCCGCGCCUCGGCCUCUUCGGCAACAGUCUUUUGGCCGCGACAUCGGCCAUGCUGCUAAAGAGACCUACUUGAUCACUAGCCUCAGCUUCACGCUCCUUCAAUACCUCGGGGUAGGUUACCGGUGGAUGACAAGAUUACUUGCUCUUGGAUGUUACGCCAUGUUACUUAUGCCCGGGUUUCUUCAAGUUGCAUUGUGUUAUUUCUUUUCAAGCCAGGUCCGGCGUAGUAUUGUGUAUGGAGAUCAACCAAGAAAUAGGUUGGAUCUCUAUUUACCUGCAAAUACCGAUGGAAAAAAGCCAGUAGUGGUAUUUGUAACUGGUGGAGCCUGGAUUAUUGGGUAUAAAGCGUGGGGAUCUCUUUUAGGUCUGCAGUUGGCUGAAAGAGACAUCAUAGUGGCAUGCGUUGAUUACAGAAAUUUUCCCCAGGGUACCAUCAGUGAUAUGGUGAAAGAUGCUUCUGAGGGUAUCUCAUAUAUCUGCAACAAUAUAGCAGAUUAUGGAGGUGACCCUAACAGAAUCUAUCUAAUGGGACAAUCUGCUGGUGCACAUAUUUCUUCCUGUGCUCUUUUGGAGCAAGCAAUCAAAGAAUCUAAGAAAGAAGAGAGCAUUUCUUGGAGCGUCUCCCAGAUAAAGGCUUAUUUUGGUUUAUCUGGCGGGUAUAAUUUGAUUAAUUUAGUUGAUCAUUUCGACAAUCGUGGACUAUAUCGUUCCAUUUUUUUAAGCAUUAUGGAAGGUGAAGAAUCCUUGCAUCAAUUUUCUCCUGAACUUAAAGUAAAGGACCCAAGCAAUAGGAAUGCUGUUUCUCUCUUGCCUCCUAUUACUCUUUUCCAUGGAACUGCAGAUUAUUCGAUACCAUCAGAUGCCAGUAAAAUUUUUGUAGACGCGCUUCAAAAGGCAGGCGCUCAAGCCGAGUUAAUACUAUACAGUGGAAAGACUCAUACAGAUUUGUUUCUUCAAGAUCCUCUAAGAGGUGGUAAAGAUGAAUUGUUUGACCUACUAGUUGCUGUGAUACAUGCUGGUGAUAAAGAAGCUCUUGAGAAAGAUGCCAUGGCACCCCCAAGAAAACGCUUGGUUCCAGAGAUCUUGUUGAAGUUGGCACGCAACAUCAGUCCCUUCUAG